AAUGCGAUGGCUGGGGCGGGGUUGGGCGCUCUAUAAGUUGUCGAUAGGCGGGCACUCCGCCCUAGUUUCUAAGGAUCAUGUCUGCGAGUCAGGAUUCCCGAUCCAGAGACAAUGGCCCCGAUGGAAUGGAGCCUGAAGGUGUCAUUGAGAGUAACUGGAAUGAGAUUGUUGACAGCUUUGAUGACAUGAACCUCUCAGAGUCCCUCCUCCGUGGCAUCUAUGCCUAUGGUUUUGAGAAGCCCUCUGCCAUCCAGCAGCGAGCCAUUCUUCCUUGUAUCAAGGGUUAUGAUGUGAUCGCUCAAGCCCAAUCUGGGACAGGAAAAACAGCCACUUUCGCCAUAUCAAUUUUGCAACAAAUUGAAUUGGACCUAAAGGCCACCCAGGCCUUGGUCCUGGCACCUACUAGAGAAUUGGCACAGCAGAUACAGAAGGUAGUCAUGGCUUUAGGAGAUUACAUGGGUGCUUCCUGUCAUGCCUGCAUUGGGGGUACCAACGUGCGUGCUGAGGUACAGAAGCUGCAGAUGGAAGCUCCUCAUAUCAUUGUGGGCACUCCAGGCCGUGUGUUUGAUAUGCUUAACCGCAGAUACCUGUCUCCCAAAUACAUCAAGAUGUUUGUACUGGAUGAAGCUGAUGAAAUGUUAAGUCGUGGAUUCAAGGACCAGAUCUAUGACAUAUUCCAAAAGCUCAAUAGCAACACCCAGGUGGUUUUGCUGUCAGCUACAAUGCCUUCUGAUGUGCUUGAGGUGACCAAGAAGUUCAUGAGGGACCCUAUUCGGAUUCUUGUCAAGAAGGAAGAGUUGACUCUGGAGGGUAUUCGUCAAUUCUACAUCAAUGUGGAACGAGAGGAGUGGAAGCUGGACACACUGUGUGACUUGUAUGAAACCCUCACCAUUACCCAGGCAGUCAUCUUCAUCAAUACUCGAAGGAAGGUUGAUUGGCUCACUGAGAAGAUGCAUGCCCGAGACUUCACCGUCUCUGCCAUGCAUGGAGAUAUGGACCAAAAGGAACGAGAUGUAAUCAUGAGGGAGUUCCGCUCUGGCUCUAGCAGAGUAUUGAUUACCACUGACUUGCUGGCCAGAGGCAUUGAUGUGCAGCAGGUUUCUUUAGUCAUCAACUAUGACCUUCCCACCAACAGGGAAAACUAUAUCCACAGAAUCGGUCGGGGUGGACGUUUUGGCCGUAAGGGUGUGGCUAUUAACAUGGUGACAGAAGAAGACAAGAGGACUCUGCGAGACAUCGAAACUUUCUACAACACCUCCAUUGAGGAGAUGCCCCUCAAUGUUGCUGACCUCAUCUGAGAGGGGCUGGCCCGCCACCUCACCCCAGCCAGGGUUCAGCCCUUGUGGGGCUGAGGAGGAGCCGAGGGGGGCGGGAAGGGAGCCAAGGGAUGGACAUCUUGUCAUUUUUUUUUCUUUUUUUCCUUUGAAUAAAUGUCACUUUUUGAGGCAAAGAAGGAACCGUGAACAUUUUAGAUACCCUUUUCUUUGGGGUAGGCUCUUGCCCCAGGCGCCGUCUCUUCUCCCAAAAACACUAAUCCACUUCCCUAACCUAGUCAACCUCCAAACCCGAGGCUCUACCCAUUCCAGCCAAAUUUCUCUGAGGAUGAUUCCUGGAGGCUGU